UGAAUGUCCUGCUGGGUUGUAUCGUUUCACCAUGUGGCUGUCUACACCUCUCUUCUUUACCUGGAUGCUUCUUGCUCAUGCCCAGGUCCCGUCUCAGCCUUGCACUCCCUAUAAACCGUGUUCUGCGAGUCAAUACUGUCAAGUGGAGACAGAUAUCAGUGGUGGAACGUAUUGGACAGGCUUAUGCCAGCCCAGGGUACAAGUGGGCGAUGCCUGCCCUGCUGGUGAGCUCAGCCAGUGCUUCGGCGAGACAAACUGCAACCCCUGUCCGGAUGGAGCGCAGUGCACCGCGGGACUGUGUCGCUUCAUCAACGUCGCCCAACACACGGCUUGCCAAUCAGAUUCGGACUGCGAGAAUGACCAAUUCUGCCAUGUGGUCACGGACGCCCAGGGCGGCCUGUUAUACUCGACUUGCGAUGCUAAAGUGCAGGUGGGCGACGCCUGCCAGGCAGACGUGGGCAACCAAUGUCCCGACGGGGCCCAGUGCACUCGCGGCCUGUGCCGGUAUAUCGAUGUGCAGCAACACACAGAAUGCGAUGAGGAUUCGGACUGUGGGGAUGGCAGAUCCUGUCAGGAAGUCAUGGCGCAAGAUGAUGACGAACUUUUGUAUUCGAUCUGUCAAGCCCCCGGUGAGCAGGGCCAGGCAUGCAACGCCGCGUACAGCGAUCCAUGCCAAGGCCAUCUAGCCUGCCUCGAUGGUAAAUGCAUGAGUGAAGGCUACUCCGGAGACUUCUGUGAUCUGGACAAAGGCUUUGGCUGUACCGAAGGCACGAUUUGCGAGAGAUACCAGUGUCGUUCAGAUGGAACCGACGGAGGGAGGUGUCCCAGCCCCGGCGAUUGCAGCAGUGUCGCCUGGUGUGAUUCGGACUACGUCUGCCAGGUCAAGAAGCCUCUCCGCGAAGCAUGCUCGUCUUUUUACGAAUGCGAGUCAAACCUUUGCUGGGAGAAUGCUUGUGCUCCCAAUGCGGCGACACCUUGCUAUACGGACGCCGAUUGCUCUUCGUUUAUCAUCAACAGGGAACCAGCCAAGUGUCAGAUCAACCGCGGCGAGGCAGACAGUAUGUUUCCGAAAGUGUGUGGAGCACCCAUCACCUCCGGGUAUGGGCAGGUGUGCAAGAAAACUGCAGACUGCGUGACGGAUGGUUAUGCAUGCUAUCAAGGAGCUUGUAUGAGUCGCUAUUCGGUCGAAGGAAAGACCUGCAAGGCGGACGCAGAGUGUGGCGGAUGGGAACGGAAAGCAAACAGCGCCAAUUUCUAUUAUAUCAAGUUCGGGUUCACCUGUACCGGUGGUCAGUGUAAAUGGUUCAACAAGAAUGAUGGCUGCGUCAAUUUUCUCGACAAGAUCACCCAGAACUGUUAUGAUUGAUCGAAAAGACGGCAAAGACAGGCAGAAGACGAAGCUAGAAUAGUCUCUUAGUACUACAGGAUAUUGCUAUUAUUCGUAUCAAUGUUUGUCAAU